UUGUAUGUUAGACCGCUGUAUUAGGUCGCUUAAUAUUGUUUGGCUUCAAGUAAUUGGUAGUUGAGGAACAAACAAUAGUCCGAGUGGUAUAUUAACAUACUCUUUGUUUUUGUAACAUUUUUACUAGCGAUUAACUUGAGAUUAAUAAUUUAUUGAGCAGGAUACCAACAAUUCUAAUGUAGAUUCAUUAAAUUACAUUCCUAUCCUACUCCGGCCAAGUGAAAGCAGAUAGUCACAUGACUGAAAUUCCUAUGUUACCGGAAAACUCGAAGAUGUUACGAUCGGUACCUGAUCUGUAAUUGAUAUGGCGGUGAGAAUAUUUGUCGAGAAGGAAAACGAGUUACUUAGUAACCAUGCAAAGAACCAUCCAAAGUUAUUUUCUGGUUCAGCUACAAUUGAAACAUCUCUACUACAGACUCCACGAACUGGAAAGGCAAUAACUACAACUUCUCGCUUGCAACAAUCUGCAAGAAAAGCUCUAGGGGAUGUGAACUGUCCAUUGCGAGCAGGUAGCAUACCUGGUCAUUCACUGAAAAAGAGACCAGAUAAAAUCCACAAGAAGAAAAGCAACACUCGGAUCAUAAAUACUGCUAAGCCCACAGAAAAAUCUUCCAUUUCUGAACCACCAAAGUGCUCUGAAAAGUCUGAAGACUAUCCUGAAAUUGAGACUUUUAUUCCAUACAAUCCCCUUGAUUUUGAGAACUUUAAUGUGCCAAAGGAACACAAACUUGAUCACGUUUGCCUGGCUGGUCUCCCACUCCUCUGCCUUGAGAAGGAAGAAGCUUUAAUAGAAAAGGUGCUGAACAAAAUCCCUUCACCUCCAAAAUGGCCUUCACUUGUACAAGAAUUCAGUUUGUUUGACUUUAACUCGCAUGCUGACAUUUUGGCAGAGUUGGAUGAUGUUGAAUUACCAACAAUUGAAGAUGAAUUCUGAAGAUUUAGAAACUGACAUUUCAUCUUACCUUUGGUAUCAAAUGGAAGCUGAAAUUUAUCUAGAUAUUGCAGUGUUUGGUUUUUGAAUGAAUGCACUGUUUUAGUGUGGGAGAACUAUUUACUUUUUUUACUUUGAAUAAUGUACCCUAUCCAAUCUUUGAA